GUUUUAUUUAUUAUCAAAAUGGCAGACAAACAACCUCAGAGCAUAACGUCGGAUCUUCCAAGUGAUAUUUGGCUUAUACGUACGUGUGAAAUCUAUAAAGAUGAAUAUAAUGAUUGCAAAACUUUCUUGAGUAAGCUGUACCAGCAUUACAUUGAUGGUGGCAAGCAAGAUUGCAGCCAGUGGUUGACAGACUAUAACAACUGUAUGCUCUUCAGGAAUAAAAAAGACAAAGAGGCUGCUGAAGCACUGAUAGAAGUAGAAAGACAAAGGAGAAAAGCUAGAUUGCAGUCAGCCAAAAACAAUGAUAUCUGGGAAUACAGAACUAAACCCCCUACAGAAUGGUUUAAACCAUUAUCUACGGACCAAAAAACAUAGCUUUUGUCAUAGCUCUGUUAAAUUAUUGUUUAGGUUUUGUAUGCAUAUUUUACUCCAUUAAAAAGACUGAGUCUUUUCCU